AUGGAUCCAUCACCAUCAAGCCAGACCACAACUUCACAUUUUCGCCUGAUGAGCACGAAAGCGAUAGCGAAUGUCGCGAGAUGUGACAUUCGUCGCUUCACGGCAGGCGCCAAUCUAUCAUGGAUUCAUCGUUUCCCUGCCCAGCACCAUUUUACCGGAAGAUGGAGUGCGAUUCGCGGAGCCAAGACGAAAACAUCAAUACCACUGAGUGCUCUACCUCAAGGUGCUCUGGCGCCAUUACCACCCGAUGAGGACGAGAAAGCUCCCGCUCGGACGUAUCCGACUGUGAUGCAGCAGCAUCUCAACAAUGUACGCAAGUUCAAGGAUUGUGUCGUGCUCACUCGCGUGGGCGAUUUUUAUGAGAUGUAUUUCGAUCAGGUGGAGGAAUUCGCUCCGCUGGUUAAUUUGAAGAAGGCGAAGCGGGCGACUUCGUUGGGGGAUGUUUCCAUGGCUGGGUUUCAGCAUACUCAACUGGAGAGGUAUUUGAAGAUGUUUGUCCAGGAUUUGGGGAAACAGGUCGCCAUUAGCGAACAGGUUCCUUUGCCGGAAAGCGAGCGUUCCACGAAGCCUGGGGGCAUGCUUUUUGAUCGGAGAGUUACGAGGAUUGUCACUGCUGGGACUCUGAUUGAUGAGACGUUCAUGGAUCCGUUGGAGAACAACUACUUGUUGGGGAUUCAUAUUGCUGGAGUGUUACCUGCUCCGCCGAAGCCGGGAGGUGAUCGUCAAGCGUAUGAGAGGUAUCGGCGGAGUACUAGGAUCGGGCUCAGUUGGGUUGAUCUUUCCAGCGGAGCUUUCUUCACACAGGMAUCUGAUCUGGCAUCGUUACCAUCUCUGGUAGCUCGCAUCGGCCCGAGGGAAGUGGUGUUGGAUUCAACGUUGGAGUCAUCCGAUCAGAUGCAGUUGAAGAAGUUGAUUAGCGAUGUGCAGCAAACCAUACACUUUCAAGAUACAGAGCAUGCGGCACGAUCUGUAAGCGAUUGGACGCCAAUGCUAGAACGGCCUGUGUCGGCAGACAAAGAAAGCGAGUUUUUGCCAACGGAAGUGGCUGCUGGCAGCUUAGUAUUGGCUUACAUCAAGGACAAGCUGCGGGAUGUGACCCUGCAGCUCCAACCUCCAGUACGCAGUACUGAUGAAGAGUCCAUGGCCAUCGACAAGCAGAGUCUACGAAAUCUUGAGAUACGAAGCACACUCCGAGAUGGUUUGUUCCAGGGCAGCCUGCUUCAUGCGAUACGACAGACAGUCACGAAGAGUGGUGCUCGCCUUUUGAGUCAGCGGAUCGUCUCUCCGUCCAUGUCUCUUUCAAUCAUCAACAAUCGUCUUGAUCUCGUUCAGGAAAUGCUGGAUCAAGAGGCCCUGAGGGAGGAUGUUAUCGCUUUACUUCGACGCACAUUUGAUACUUCUCGCCUAUUGCAGAAGUUCGCCGUUGGGAGAGGAGACGCAGAUGACUUACUCAGUCUGGCGAGAACCAUAGAAGUGAUGCAAGAAGUGACUAAUGUCUUACAUGACCAUAUUCUGGCAAAUCAGGAGCGUUCCAUGGAGGCUAUUACGGAGACGUCCUCAAAUAUCCCCGCUGGGCUUGAUCUUACUUUUCUGUGGGACAUACUUGGGCGAUUUGACCUGGACGGCCCUGCGAAAGCCGCAAAGAAUGUCCAAGCUGCCAUUGAUGAAGAAGGUCUAAACCAGCAGCAACUUGCGAAUCAUGCUUCGGAGACAGAGGCCGAGCAGAUGGCUGAAGAGGUUGUCAGUGCAGAUGCUGCAGGUACGAAAGGUCCGAAGCUCUCAAGACGGGCAUCCCGUUCAUCGGCCGUUGAGAAGCCAGCGGAUACCAAGCCAGACGAUAUCUGGAUCAUGAGAAGAAGUGCUUCCACCACCCUUGAGCGUGCUCAUGGUGAUAUCGACAAAUUGUUGAGAGCGAAGCAAGAUUUGGCAGUGCGGCUAAGAAAGGAACUGAAAGCUGAGAGCUUGACUCUCAAAUGGAGUGCGCAACUUGGCCACUUUUGUCAUGUCAAGGGCAAGGACGUGCAAAAAACACUUUCAUCUCUCGAAGGCGCGCGGACUAUAGGAUCGACCAAAAGCACAAAAUCGUUCUACCUAGCCGACUGGACACAUCUGGGGGUGCGUAUUGAUGAUUCGAAGCUACGAAUCCGCACGGAAGAGGAACGAGUGUUUGGCAAACUCCGAGCAGAAGUCCUUGAAAAUCUCAUGCGUCUGCGACGAAAUGCUGCUGUUUUGGAUGAGUUGGACGUCGCCUGUUCUUCUGCAGCAGUUGCCAAAGAGAGGAAUUUGAUCCGGCCUAUUCUCAACGAAAGCACGUCUCACAAAAUCAUCGGUGGCCGUCAUCCUACGGUGGAUGCUGGCUUGAAAGAACAAGGCCGUCUCUUCACCUCCAACGAUUGCUCGGUGGGUGAUCACGAAAAGAUCUACCUCAUCACCGGACCCAACAUGGCCGGAAAAAGCACAUAUCUGCGACAGAAUGCACUGAUUACAAUCCUCGCUCAAACAGGCUGCUUCGUCCCCGCAGAGUACGUUGAAAUCGGGCUCGUCGACAAAAUCUUCAGCCGAGUCGGCUCAGCAGAUAAUCUCUACCAAGACCAAUCCACGUUCAUGGUAGAAAUGCUCGAAACAGCCGACAUUCUCAAACAAGCCACGCCACGCUCCUUUGUCAUCAUGGACGAAGUCGGACGCGGCACCACCCCCGAAGACGGCGUCGCCGUGGGCUAUGCGUGUCUACAUCACCUACAGAAUAUCAACAAAUCGCGGGCAUUAUUUGCCACGCAUUUCCACGCUUUGGCGGAUAUGACGAGGGAUUUUGAGGAUUUGGCAUGCUGGUGUACGGAUGUUGCGGUCGAGGGGGAUGGGUCUUGGUCGUAUGUGCAUAAAUUGAGAAAGGGGGUUAAUCGCGAGUCGCAUGCGUUGAAAGUGGCGAGGUUGGCGGGGGUGCCGGAGAAGGCGCUUGAGGUUGCUGAGGAGGUGCUUGCUGAGUUGUUAAGGGAGCAUCGAGGUGGGAGUGGACGGGAGGGAGGGCAGGGAUGA